UCAAUCUCACUUUGUGUUUCAACACUGAAAGCGAGAAGUGUAUGCAUUUUUGUGGAUUCUAAAGAAACGAAACCUCCCUGUUACACCCAUUGAUAAAAACUCUUGUCUACCGGUCCACAUUAUUUACAGUAAAACUGUAGAGGAGUGAAUAUCUGACGUGGUGACUUUCAGAACAGAGCAGUUUCUAUCAGAGCUCUAUAAACUAUCUGCAGAGAAAUGUCUGAGUCUGCAGCGAGUCAGUAUGAGGAUCAGUUCAUCUGUUCAGUCUGUUUGGAUCGCCUGAAGGAGCCGGUGAUGAUUCCCUGUGGACACAGUUACUGUAUGAGCUGCAUUACUGACUGCUGGGGCCAGAAGGAGCAGGAGCCGCCGUACUGCUGUCCCCAAUGCAAAGAGAACUUCAGUCAGAGACCUCUACUGAAGAAGAACACUCUGAUAGCGGAGAUGAUGGAGACGCUGCAGAAGACGUCUCUACAAAUGGCUGCUGUGGAGUGUGAUGUUUGCACUACAGAGAAGAGCAGAGCUGUAAAGUCCUGUCUGCAGUGCUUGGCCUCCUUCUGUCAAACUCACCUGCAGCCUCACUAUCAAUCUCCUGCGUUUAUGAAGCACAAACUAGUCCCAGCCUCCAGAAACAUUCAGGAGAACAUCUGCCUCAGUCAUGGGAAACCUCUUGAGAUUUACUGUCAGGAUGACCAUCAGUGCAUUUGUUGUUUGUGUGUGACUGACAAUCAUAAAAACCACAAUGUUGUAUCUUUGAAUUCAGAAUGGACUGGUAAAAAGGACAAGUUAAAGGAGAUAAAGGUGCCAUGUCAAAAGCAGAUUGAGGAACGAGAGAGAGGUCAGCAGGAACUCAGUGAAGCUAUGAAGUCUUUAAAAAGUUCAGCACAAGAGGCCGUGGAGGACAUUGAGAAGGUCUUCACUGAGCUCAUCUGCUCUCUGGAGAAGAAACGCUCUGAGAUUAAAGAUCAGAUCAGAGAUCAGGAGAAGACUGAGAUAGAUCGAGCAGAGAAACUUCACAAACAUCUGGAUCAAGACCUGACAGAACUCAGAAAAACACAAGAAGAGAUUGAGAAACUUCUGAUUACUGACGAUCAGAUACACUGUCUGAAGAGCUGUCAGUCUGUGUGUGUCUUACCCUCAUAUGAAGACGUUCCCAGCUGCACUCAACACACUCAUCUGUCUUUUAAAGACAUUUCAAUCUCAGCAUUCAGAGAGGUUUUGGAAGACGUCUGUCAACAACAAACAGCCAAAAUAUCUCGAGAAGUGUCAAAUGUCCAUGUUGCAAAGCUUCCAGAACCGAAGAUUCAAAAUGAUUUUUUGCAGUAUUUCUGUCAGCUUCACCUGGAUCCAAACACUGCACACAAAAAUAUCAUCUUGUCAGAAGACAACAGGAAAAUAACAUGUUCAAAUGUAGUCCAGCAAUAUCCUGAUCACCCAGAGCGAUUUGAUGAAUAUUGUAAUGUCCUCUGUAGAGAGGGUUUGUGCGGUCGCUGUUACUGGGAGGUUGAGUGCUGUGGGAACGACUGGGCUGUAGCAGUUUGUUACAAAGGAAUUGGACGUAAAGGAAAAAGUGAUGACUGUAAACUUGGCUUCAACAAAACAUCCUGGCGUUUGGGCUAUUAUAAACAGAGUUUUGGUUUCACACAUGAUAAAGCAAAGGUCAGUGUCCCUGCUGCCUCUAGAAUAGGAGUGUAUCUGGAUCAGAGAGCAGGAACUCUGUGCUUCUACAGCGUCUCUGACACAAUGACUCUCCUACACAGAGUCAAGACCACAUUCACUGAACCCCUCUACCUUGCUUUUGGGGUUGGAGAUUGUUCAAUUAUCAAGAUAAUACAACAUGUGAAAGUUCACAUUGACCAGUAAUAGACUGAUCAAAAAUAAAUUAUUAAAAAACAUGCUGUUUAAAGGGUAAUUAUUCUCAUAUAAAAAUCAGUGUGCAUAUUUGGUUUCUGUUAUAUUUAGAGACCCUUUGAUUGAGAAGCCAUUAGUGAGUGGAGACAGAGGUAUUGCGUAAGUUUUUGCUUAAUACCUUAUUUCUGUUUCUAUUGUUUAUAUAUAUUGAUGACCUGUUUUGUGUUUCUUUGUUCCAUGUAGUCCAUGUACUAGUUCUUCCAUGUAGUUCCUGUCUGUCCUUAUUUGGUUAUUCCUGUUCCUGUCCUCAUUUAUUUCUAUUAGUUCAGGUGUUUCUCAUUAUUAGUUGUCUG